UUUCUUUGCUGUUGCUGUCAGCCUAAAUAUACAUAUUAACAUACAUAUUAACACAUACACAUGUUUCUGAAACACAUCGAGUUGUCCAUUUAAAUUAAAAUUCACCAGUAAGUUCCGCUAACCAUUUUGGAUAGCGAUAAAUACAAGUGCAAAAAACCAUCGAUAUGAAAGUGUUAUCGAUAAUAUCGUAUCCGCGAAUAUGAUGCAUACUGUUUCCACAACAUUGCGUUUCGUUGCACGAUCCCCACGCAUGGAAACGCGCGGAAGAGCAUUUUCUACAUUAAAUAAAAAGCCCAUUACAUUGCUGUGCUCAUUCCGUCAGGCGCCUUUAUUAUCAACUAGGCCACCUUCAUUACCACCAAAGCCAUUGCCAUCAAAGUCGAAUUCAAAUCCAAAUUACCGACCAUCAUUGUGGUCACAUAUGUUUGGUAAAUAUUUGAUUGUCACAAAUAUUCUUGGUUCUGGAAUUUUAUUGGUUAUCGGUGAUAUGGUGACCCAGCAAUUGGAAUAUUUGGCUCAAAAUUAUCCCUUUGAUUAUCAUCGUUCUGGGCAGAUGUUAAUUACCGGUCUGAUAUUGGGCCCCAUUCAGCAUUUAUUCUAUAAUUUGUUGGAUCACAUAUUGCCAGAAAGUACGCAUAUUGUAACCUUGAAAAAAAUCUUUUGGGAUCAAUUAUUAAUGUCGCCGAUAUAUCUAUUUGGAUUCUUUUAUUUAACAAGCCUGCUAGAGGGCCGUAGCUUCGAGGAAUCGAAUGACGAAAUCAAAGAGAAAUUUCUCUAUACAUGGAUGAUGGAUUGUAUAAUUUGGCCGGCAGUGCAAUAUUUUAAUUUUCGAUAUUUGAAAUCUGUUUAUCGUGUUGCAUUCACUAAUAUAACCAAUUGUCUAUAUAUUGUGUUACUUUCCUAUAUCAAACACGAUAUGGGUAAGCGUCAUUGUCAUUCUAAAAAAAGUAAAAAAUAAAAUUCAAAAAACAACAAAA